CAUCCCCCUGCAUCCCCCUGCCCGGCCCCCCUCCGCAGAAUAAGCUGUUUUCUCCUCUAUGUUGGGUACCACAGAGUGACUGAGAACAGGAAGCGGAGGCAGAAGCAGAGAGGAUUCUGGAAAGGUCUCUGUGUUUUCCACCGAGAAUACAGAAAUUACGAUCAAUUAGUAAGGCUUUGUGGAUGGAAAUCUGGACUGUUUCAGGAGGAGACACAUAUUACAUUAAUUUUGGAUGCUGGGCUUUGCAGUGAUUUUUCAUUCUCUUUCAAUCAGGUUGGAAAAAUAUGUCUAUGUGGAUAUGUAGACUUACCCUUGUCUACGGAAAUUAAUUUUUGAUAAGCUUUGGAUGUAGGAACAAAGAAUGAGAGAGGCUUGAAGGAACUGCAGUCUUGAAGAAGCUUCAGGUCUCGAGGAGAAGCCUUCCUUACCAAUUCAUUUUCUGCUAGAAAUGCAGUCUUUUUCUUUUCACAUUAGCAAAAGAUGCAGAGGUUAAAUUCUGAGAUUUGGCAUUUCUUAGAAAAAUAAAGGUCAUUCUUAUGCAAGAAGCUAAAAGUAAUUAAAUUUGCAGGAUGAAAACAUGGCACAGGCACUGCUGGUACCACCUGGACCUGAAAGCUUCCGCUAUUUUACUAGAGAUUCUCUCGCAGCUAUUGAAAAGCGUUCUGCUGAAGAAAAAGCUAAAAAGCCCAAGCAAGAACAUACAGAUGAUGAUGAUGAAAAUGGUCCAAAACCAAACAGUGACUUGGAGGCAGGAAAGACACUGCCAUUUAUUUAUGGUGACAUACCUCCAGGAAUGGUAUCUGAACCUUUGGAAGACCUGGACCCAUAUUAUAUCAAUAAAAAAACUUUCAUAGUAUUGAAUAAGGGAAAAGCAAUUUUCCGAUUCAGUGCCACAUCUGCCUUGUAUAUUUUAACUCCUUUUAAUCCCAUCAGAAAAAUUGCUAUCAAGAUUUUGGUACAUUCAUUAUUCAGCAUGCUUAUAAUGUGCACUAUUUUGACCAACUGUGUAUUUAUGACCAUGAGUAACCCUCCAGACUGGACAAAGAAUGUAGAGUACACUUUCACUGGAAUUUAUACCUUUGAAUCACUUAUCAAAAUUCUUGCAAGGGGCUUCUGCUUGGAAGGUUUUACUUUUCUGCGAGACCCAUGGAACUGGCUUGACUUCAGUGUCAUUUUAAUGGCGUAUGUAACAGAAUUUGUAAACCUAGGCAAUGUUUCAGCUCUUCGAACUUUCAGAGUAUUGAGAGCUUUGAAAACUAUUUCUGUAAUCUCAGCGUUGAGAACAUUCAGAGUUCUCCGAGCUUUGAAAACAAUAUCAGUCAUUCCAGGCCUGAAGACUAUAGUGGGAGCCCUGAUUCAGUCUGUGAAGAAGCUCUCGGAUGUGAUGAUCCUGACUGUGUUUUGUCUGAGUGUAUUUGCACUGAUAGGGCUGCAGCUGUUCAUGCUGCAGCUGUUCAUGGGCAACCUGAGGAAUAAAUGCCUGCAGUGGCCUCCAGACAAUUCUACUUUUGAGAUAAACAUUAUUUCCUACUUUAACAGCACAAUGAAUGAAAAUGGUACAUUUGUUAACAUGACAGUGAGCACGUUUAACUGGAAGGAUUACAUAGAGGAUGAAACUCAUUUUUACAUUUUGGAAGGACAAAGAGAUGCCCUACUUUGUGGUAAUAGCUCUGAUGCAGGGCAAUGCCCAGAAGGAUAUAUAUGUGUGAAAGCUGGCAGAAACCCCAAUUAUGGCUACACAAGUUUUGACACCUUCAGCUGGGCUUUUUUGUCACUGUUUCGGCUAAUGACUCAGGACUUCUGGGAAAACCUCUAUCAGCUGACACUGCGUGCUGCUGGGAAGACAUACAUGAUAUUCUUUGUUCUGGUGAUUUUUCUGGGCUCUUUCUAUCUGAUAAACCUGAUCCUGGCUGUGGUUGCCAUGGCCUAUGAAGAACAGAAUCAAGCAACAAUGGAAGAAGCAGAGCAGAAAGAGGCAGAAUUUCAGCAGAUGCUGGAACAACUGAAGAAGCAACAAGAAGAAGCUCAGACAACAGCAGCAGUAGCAGCCGCAUCAGUUGCAUCAAGAGAUUUCAGUGGUGUAGGGGGAUUGGGAGAACUCUUGGAAAGCUCUUCAGAAGCAUCAAAGUUAAGCUCAAAGAGUGCUAAAGAAAGAAGAAACAGAAGGAAGAAAAGAAGACAGAAAGAAAUGUCUGAAGCAGAGGACAAAGGAGAUAUUGAUAAGUUCCCAAAGUCUGAGUCAGAAGACAGUAUCAGAAGGAAAAGCUUCCGCUUCUCCACAGAAGGAAGUCAACUGACAUAUGAAAAAAGGCUCACUUCUCCACAUCAGUCUUUGUUAAGCAUUCGUGGUUCUCUGUUCUCACCAAGGCGCAACAGCAAAACCAGCAUUUUCAGUUUCAGAGGUCAUGCAAAGGAUAUAGGAUCAGAAAAUGACUUUGCUGAUGAUGAACACAGCACUCUUGAAGACAAUGAGAGCAGAAGAGAUUCUCUCUUUGUUCCAAAUCGACAUGGAGAAAGGCGCAACAGUAACAUUAGUCAAAGCAGUGUGUCAUCUAGAGUGAUUCCAGCCCUUCCAGUGAAUGGGAAGAUGCACAGCACCGUGGAUUGCAAUGGAGUGGUCUCCUUGGUUGGAGGGCCUUCAACUCUAACUUCUCCUACUGGUCAGCUUAUGCCAGAGGGCACCACUACAGAAACAGAAAUAAGGAAAAGAAGACUGAGUUCAUACCAAAUUUCCAUGGAAAUGCUGGAAGAGUCUGCUGCAAGACAAAGGGCAAUGAGCAUAGCCAGCAUACUUACAAAUACAAUGGAAGAGCUUGAAGAAUCCAGACAGAAAUGCCCACCAUGCUGGUACAGAUUUGCAAAUACUUUCUUGAUCUGGGAUUGCUGGAGUCCAUGGUUAAAAGUAAAGCAUGUCGUCAAUUUAGUUGUGAUGGAUCCGUUUGUUGAUCUUGCUAUAACGAUUUGCAUUGUUUUAAACACCUUGUUUAUGGCCAUGGAGCAUUACCCAAUGACAGAACAGUUUAGCAGUGUCCUUUCUGUGGGGAAUUUGGUAUUCACUGGAAUAUUUACAGCAGAAAUGGUACUAAAGAUUAUUGCCAUGGACCCUUAUUAUUAUUUUCAAGAAGGCUGGAAUAUUUUUGAUGGUAUUAUUGUUAGCCUUAGUUUAAUGGAGCUUGGUCUUGCAAAUGUUGAAGGAUUAUCUGUUCUUCGGUCAUUCAGAUUGCUUCGAGUCUUCAAACUGGCAAAAUCUUGGCCAACCCUAAAUAUGCUGAUUAAGAUUAUUGGCAACUCAGUGGGGGCUCUGGGGAAUCUGACCCUGGUGCUGGCCAUCAUCGUGUUCAUUUUCGCUGUGGUUGGGAUGCAGCUGUUUGGGAAAAGCUACAAGGAAUGCGUCUGCAAGAUCUCCAGCGACUGUGAACUUCCUCGCUGGCACAUGCAUGACUUUUUCCACUCUUUCCUGAUUGUAUUCCGAGUGCUGUGUGGAGAAUGGAUAGAAACAAUGUGGGACUGCAUGGAGGUUGCUGGCCAAACCAUGUGCCUUAUUGUUUUCAUGCUGGUGAUGGUGAUUGGAAACCUAGUGGUAUUGAACCUAUUUCUGGCCUUGCUGCUGAGCUCUUUUAGUUCAGACAACCUUGCUGCUACAGACGAUGAUAAUGUGGCAAGGAUUCAGAAAGGCAUAGAUUAUGUUAAAAAAAAGAUACAGGAGUUCAUCCGAAAAGCCUUCGUUAGAAAGCAGAAGUCUUUAGAGGAAAUCAAAGCACUUGAAGAGCUAAACAACAAGAAAGACAGCUGCAUUUCCAAUCACACUGCUGUUGAAAUAAGCAAAGAUCUGAAUUACCUUAAAGAUGGGAAUGGAACCACCAGUGGUGUAGGCACAGGCAGCAGUGUGGAAAAAUAUGUAAUUGAUGAAAACGAUUACAUGUCAUUCAUAAACAACCCAGGCCUCACUGUGACAGUGCCCAUCGCACUUGGAGAAUCAGAUUUUGAAAAUUUAAAUACAGAGGAAUUUAGCAGCGAAUCUGAUAUGGAAGAAAGCAAACAGAAACUAAAUGCAUCAAGCUCAUCAGAAGGCAGCACUGUUGAUAUUGCUCCUCCUGGAGAGGGCGAGCAAGCAGAAAUUGAAAGUGAAGAAGCUCUUGAACCAGAAGCCUGUUUUACUGAAGGUUGUGUGCAGAAAUUUCCAUGUUGUCAAGUAAGUAUAGAAGAUGGCAAAGGAAAAACUUGGUGGAAUCUUAGAAAAACCUGCUACAGCAUAGUUGAACACAACUGGUUUGAGACUUUCAUUGUAUUCAUGAUUCUCCUCAGCAGUGGAGCACUAGCUUUUGAAGAUAUAUAUAUUGAACAACGCAAAACUAUCAAGACCAUGCUAGAAUAUGCUGACAAAGUUUUUACAUAUAUUUUCAUUUUGGAAAUGCUUUUAAAAUGGGUAGCAUAUGGUUUUCAAAUAUAUUUUACAAAUGCCUGGUGCUGGCUGGACUUCCUGAUUGUUGAUGUUUCAUUGGUUAGUUUAAUAGCCAAUGCUCUGGGCUAUUCUGAACUUGGUGCCAUUAAAUCGCUACGGACAUUAAGAGCUUUAAGACCUUUAAGAGCCUUGUCACGAUUUGAAGGAAUGAGGGUGGUUGUAAAUGCCCUUGUAGGAGCAAUCCCGUCUAUCAUGAAUGUAUUGCUGGUAUGUCUUAUAUUCUGGCUAAUCUUCAGCAUCAUGGGAGUAAAUCUUUUUGCUGGAAAAUUCUAUCACUGUGUCAACACCACAACUGGUGAGAUGUUUGAUAUCAGUGAUGUCAACAAUUAUACUCAGUGUGUGGAACUCAUAAAAAGCAAUCAAAGUGCUCGAUGGAAGAAUGUGAAAGUAAACUUUGACAAUGUAGGAGCUGGAUAUCUUGCUCUACUUCAAGUAGCUACUUUCAAAGGAUGGAUGGAUAUUAUGUAUGCUGCUGUUGAUUCACGAGAUGUAAAAGAUCAACCUAAGUAUGAGGACAACUUGUAUAUGUAUCUCUAUUUUGUCAUUUUUAUCAUAUUUGGAUCAUUUUUUACCUUGAACCUUUUCAUUGGUGUUAUUAUAGACAACUUCAACCAACAAAAAAAGAAGUUUGGAGGUCAGGAUAUAUUUAUGACAGAAGAACAGAAGAAAUAUUACAAUGCAAUGAAAAAACUGGGAUCCAAAAAGCCACAGAAACCUAUACCGAGGCCAGUGAACAAAUUCCAAGGCAUGAUCUUUGAUUUUGUAACCAAACAAGUAUUUGACAUCAGCAUCAUGAUACUUAUCUGCCUUAACAUGGUCACAAUGAUGGUAGAAACAGAUGAUCAGAGUAAAGAAAUGGAAACAAUUUUAUCCCGGAUUAACCUGGUGUUUAUCGUACUUUUCACUGGAGAAUUUGUCCUGAAAUUGAUUUCACUUCGCCACUACUACUUCACUGUAGGCUGGAAUAUUUUUGAUUUUGUGGUUGUGAUUCUCUCCAUAGUAGGUAUGUUCUUAGCUGAGAUGAUUGAGAAGUACUUCGUAUCUCCCACAUUAUUCAGAGUCAUCCGGCUUGCCAGAAUCGGUCGAAUCCUGCGCCUCAUUAAAGGCGCUAAGGGAAUCCGCACUCUGCUUUUUGCUUUGAUGAUGUCUCUUCCUGCUCUGUUCAACAUUGGGCUGCUGCUUUUCCUGGUCAUGUUCAUCUAUGCCAUAUUUGGCAUGUCCAACUUUGCCUAUGUCAAGAGGGAAGUUGGGAUUGAUGACAUGUUCAACUUUGAAACGUUUGGCAACAGCAUGAUCUGCCUGUUUCAGAUCACCACGUCCGCGGGCUGGGACGGUUUGCUCGCCCCAAUCCUUAACAGUGGGGAGCCAGACUGUGACCCCCAUAAAGAUCAUCCAGGGAGCUCUGUGAAAGGUGACUGUGGCAACCCUUCUGUUGGGAUUUUCUUCUUUGUGAGUUACAUUAUCAUUUCCUUCCUGGUAGUGGUGAACAUGUACAUUGCUGUGAUUUUGGAGAACUUCAGUGUUGCUACUGAAGAAAGUGCUGAACCCUUGAGUGAGGAUGACUUUGAGAUGUUCUAUGAGGUUUGGGAGAAGUUUGAUCCCGAUGCAACACAAUUCAUAGAAUAUAGUAAAUUAUCUGAUUUUGCAGCUUCAUUAGAUCCACCUCUUCUCAUAGCAAAACCAAACAAAGUCCAGCUUAUUGCAAUGGAUCUGCCCAUGGUGAGCGGUGACCGAAUUCACUGCCUUGACAUCUUGUUUGCUUUCACAAAGCGUGUGCUGGGGGAAAGUGGGGAGAUGGAUGCUCUCAGAAUACAGAUGGAAGAUCGAUUUAUGGCAGCCAAUCCUUCUAAAGUCUCCUAUGAACCAAUUACAACCACACUGAAACGAAAGCAGGAGGAGGUGUCUGCUGUCAUCAUUCAGCGUGCUUACAGACGUCACCUAUUAAGGGUAAAAGUUAAACAGGUGUCUAGUAUAUAUAAUAGAAAUAAAAACAAAGAAGGAGAUGGACACAUUAUAAAAGAGAUAAUUAUUGAUAAACUAAAAGGGAACUCCACUCCAGAAAAAACAGAUGAGAGUUCCUCUACAACUUCCCCACCCUCUUAUGACAGUGUAACAAAGCCAGACAAAGAAAAAUAUGAAAAAGAUAAAGCAGAAAAGAACUACAAAGGUAAAGACAUCAGGGAAAAUAAAAAAUAAUGAUCUAAGAAUUUUGUUAAUGGGACAACUUGUUUACAGUCUUUGAGAAUGAAUCAUCAACUGGACUCCUGCAGGAGAUUUAUGCCAAACUGACAUUUUUAAACAUAUAUAUGUGUGUGUGUGUGUGCGCGCGCGUGUGUGUGCAUAUAUAUACAUUAUAUAUAUACUUAAGGUCAGUGCCUAUAACAAAACAGUGAACCUCCAUCAUCAGACUGUAACUCUGUUAAUCAGGGUAAAAAACUUGACAAGAGGUUACUGUUUUCACUACAGCUGACACUGCUAAGAAUAAGGAAAAGGUGGCUCCAUGGAGAAGAUGGAGCAUGAAAUGAGUGCGAAAGGAGACUUUACUUCCACAACAUGUAGAACAGUAAUUCUCUUCACUGUUUGUAAUGCAACUGCCACAUUUGUCAUAUUUUUACAAAAACUGUAUUAGUGUAUUUAUCAUUUUUUAAUUCACAGGUUGUUUACUAUUAUAUGUGACUAUUUUUGUAACAGGUUUUAUGUUGGGGAAAGAGGUAUGAGGACCAGGAGUUCUACUCUCAGAUUCUCUAUAAUGUACAGAUAGGAGUGAUUUGCAUAGACAUGCUGCACUUGUCAAUCAUGCAUAAAUAAAAAUAUGACGUUGCACAAAGCUGAAGAUUUUAAGAACUUCCAUGUUUCAGGUUUGCUCUUAAAUGCGAAGUAUUCUAACUACUUGUAUGGCUGCAUCCAGAUUAUGUGCAUCCAGAUUAAUGUGCCUGGAGAGUCUCCUCUAAUUUACAGGAAUCUGCAAUGACUUAUUUUUAUGUGAAUGAUUAAACAUGAACAAGUUCUUGUUUAUGUUAAAAUAUUUACAGCUCAAAAAAUAUUGUGCAGUUUCUGCACUGGAAAAAUAGCUUCACCAAAAUACAUCUGGGAGUUCUUUUGUUUUGUUUUUAACAGCUCAAUUUGUUUUUUUUUCCUGGGCUAUUCUUUGGUUACUGUCUUAUCUCAUUAUCUCCAACAUCCAGACAAUCCAUAAAAUACCCUUUUCCAUGUAAAUAUUAACAAUAUACUGUUGUGCAUAUUUGAUCAUAGAAUUAAAUAGCUUUCCUGCAUUGAAUUGCAUCAAAUAUGUACCACAGUAUGGUUAAUUUUCAAGAGCUCAACAGGACAUGUUGUAUUCUGUGUCAUAGUUAGGAGAGUAUCACUGAUGCAUGUCAAUGCUUUUGCUGCUGUACCUUGCUCCUUCCACUGUCCACAGUCUCCACUAUAGGAUGCCAUGUGUCAGUGAUGAAGUGAAUCAAGUUGUCCAACCAGACCUCAUUAUUUCAAGUCAUUAAGCAAUAGUUUGCAGCUAUUUAUGAGCUUUUUUAGUUUGGCAUUUUAAAUUUGAAGUGGCUGCUAUAUGGUGUAGAAUCAGACUGUACAGGCCAUAUUGCAAACUGUUAAACCUGUUGACAAUGUGGUUAGCAUAUAUAAAUAAUGUAAAGAAAUACCAUUUGGCAACAGUUCUGUAUAUAAGAAAAGUGUCUUCAAGUUUA